AUGGCUGAAGGGCGCUGCAACUGCGGAGGCAUCGAGGUUUCCGUCCCCGCUCUGCCGGAGAAGUCCAUAAUCUGCUACUGCUCAAAUUGUCGCCGUGCGGGCUCGAGUAUAGGAAGCAUCAUAUACUCUCUGGAUAAAUCCGAAGUCACUAUCAAUGACCCCAAUGGCAAUCUCAAGGGCUACGAAGACAGCGAUACAAAGAGUGGGAACACGCUCACUCGUCAGUUCUGCAGCAACUGUGGAUGCCCAAUUGUUUCCCUGCUUGGUCAGAAAAUGUUCUUGAAGGGUGGUUUGUUUAAGCAAAUACCUGCUCCGGGCCACAAAAGUUUUGCGGAAGAAGAGCCGAGCUGGAUGAGGGUUCUAGAGCCCGGCGAUAAAAAGAUAUAA